AUGCAAAGAAGUGAGAGUGAAGAGCCGCCGAAAGACCUGAACGAACGUGAGCUGUCAGCGUUAUCCAGUAACAUUUCAAACUGCUUAAGUGCGAUCUCGUUAAAGUUGUACUCUGACGAGGCAUCAACGUCGUGUGUUGAAGAGUGUGUUGUGGCCACUGAGGAGCUGCGGACAUUAGGUGAAAUAGUUCGAAGUGAAAUCGGUGUCGCAUCGGAAACGUUGACACGCAUUGACGAUCAGUUGACGCAGUUGUCGUCGUUAUUCAGAAAUAUCGAUCAGUUAGCUGAAUUCAUCGUUGAGGUAUAG